CAUAACAUUGUAAAUAUGCAUACAAGAAGACGAAUUUUGCGACAAAUGAAUUCGAAGUUUAUAGAUAAAUUGAUAAUAAUAUUUAUAGCAAGCAGUGUUUUCAUGGGAAAUUACUAUCUAUAUGUGGGACACUACAGCGAACAACUUCAGAAGGACGAGAAACACAAGUGCGUUUGUAGCAGAGAAAACAAAAAUGAUCCCGUCCUGUCAAGCGCACUAGUUCCUGCAGUUACACAAAAAGAGGACAAAAAUGAUCCCAGCCUGCCAAGCACACUAGUUCCUUCAGUUACAAAAAAGACAAGAGAAUUCCGAAAUCUGAACUGUUCUGUGAUUAACUCAACCCAGAGUUUAUGGGCCACGGAUAAAACGGGUGAUCAUCUUUGCCCAAGCAGUGAAUAUCUAAGAAGUUCAGCUGUGAAUAUGCUUGGGCGAUAUCCUUGUAAACAAAGGCACAUGGCUAUUGGGUUGACGACGGUAACUCGGCCUGACGGUGUAGAAUAUCUUCCCCAAACGAUCCAAAGUUUACUGGACAACAUGAAUGACGAUCACCGAAAGCAAACAUUUAUAGUUGUAUUCCUCGCAGAUUUCGAAGAGCAAAAGAAGCAGGACACAAUAAAGAAACUGUCAAAGCUCUUUGACAAAGAAAUCAGAGAAGAUCUUUUGCAUGUAAUUAAAACAUCGCCAAAAUAUUAUCCCCGGCUAACGAGCCUCAGGCAGAAAUUUGGUGAUUCUCUGACAAGAAUUUACUGGCGUUCAAAACAGAACAUAGAUUUUGCCUUUCUGAUGUGUUAUUGUUAUGAACUUUCUAGCUACUACCUGCAUGUCGAAGAUGACGUCAAAGCAUCUCCGAGUGUAUUUCAGAAGAUCCAAGAGUUCAUUUCAUCUCAAAAAAAGGCUUGGCCAAUGUUGGAUAUUUCUAGGAUGGGUCACACUGCAAAAGUUUAUCAGUCAGAGGAUCUCAGGAGCAUUGCAUCUUAUUUUUAUCUCAUGUAUGACGAAAUGCCCGGUGAUUGGUUGAUGAUGCACUGGCGAAAGGUCAUGGUACCUGACAAUGCAGAAUAUAUACUGCCAGCGGCUUCUUUUUUUCAACAUCUUGGUGCCCGUUCUUCGCUCAAAGAAAAGAGCCGUUUAAAAAAUUCGAUUUACAUGGAUAAAUACUUUGACGAGCACGAUCAAAAAUACAGCGGAAUGAACCCUUCAGCAGAAGUUUCUUCGUCCAUCCCAUCGAAAGAAGGGAAUCCUCAAGAUGCGUACCGAAGUGGACUUGGACACUUCUGGGGAAAAAACAUUAAGUGCGAUGACCAUGUAACUAUAAAGUUUAAUUCCUCCGUCACUGUUAGAAAAGUGUUUGUGGAUACUGGGUCAAAUCUAGCCAUGAAAGAUUUUCUGAGGUCUGGUGUUUUGCAGGCAAGCUUCAGUGUCUCUGGCACAAACUCGUCGUCAUGUGGAAAGUUUGACACAGUUGUCCCAUUUAAAGAUGGCAGAGCUCAAGUUACUUUUACAAACAAAAAGAUUGAUUGUUUACGAAUUUUGGUUACCAAGAAUCAAAAUGAGAGGCUCUUUCUGAGGGAAAUAGACGUUUGGGAAGAGAAACAGUAAAGAA